AUGGAUAUGCUCAAGGAGCAUUUUGCCCCGGAAAAUGUUGAUCUGAUAGGGGCUAUACCUUUGGGAAGUUGUCGGCCACAAGAUUCCCUGGGUUGGCAUUUUACAAAAUCUGGAAAGUAUACAGUUAAAUCUGGGUAUGACACGGAGCGUUUUGCUGCAUCACGGCUUAGUACGGUAUCUCGGUCGGGUCCAGAGAUUACUCCUCUCUUGGCCGGUGACUGGGGUGCUCACUGUCCACCGAAAAUUAAACAUUUUAUGUGGCAGGUUCCCGUAGGUCCUGACUCUUUCCCGACGGAGUCUGUGUACGCUAAUGUGGAUCAUUUCUUAGGCUCUACUAAUCCAGUUUCUCAGAUAACAGUUUUCCCGUGGCUCAUGUGGUAUAUUUGGAAAGCGCAAAAUGCUCGCGUUUUUGAGGAUGUAAUGGAUAAUCCCCUGGAUGUAGUCCAGUUGGAGGAGGGAGAGGCGAAUGCCUGGCUGCAGGCCCAGGUGGAGGUUGAGGACGAGGAUAGUCCCAAUCUUUCCCUUGUCCCUAAUUCUAGACAAAGGGGGUCCACAAGCUCCCUCCCCAACCUUUUUACGGGUUAUCGGUGUUUCGUUGAUGUCUCUUGGAAAGCGACUGACGCUCUUGCAGGUGCAGGUUGGGUUUGUUCUUCCUUUCAAGAUUCGAGGUCAAACAUGGGAGCAACCAAUUUCCGACGAAGUUUGUCUCCUCUACAUGCUGAAGUAGAAGCUUUCAUUUGGGCUAUGCGGUGCAUGAUCGGACAUGACUACCGGGACGUGGCUUUCUACACGGACUGUUCUGACUUGGUGAAGAUGGUGUCUUCUCCUCACGACUGGCCGGCUUUCACCCCCUACCUCGACGACAUCAAGAUAGAUCAAGCGGAGUUUUCUUCCUUUUCCCUAUCUCAUGUUCCUCGUAAUGCGAAUGUAAGUGCGGAUUAUUUGGCAAGCCAAGCGCGUCUGUCUCCGCAGCAUGUUUUGUUUGUAAACAAUUUACCCCCUAAUUGGCUCUUUUGA